AGGAUACCCAGGCUCACCACCAACUGGACAACAACAGCAGCAGCGUAUGUACCAAGCUGCACCUCCUCAGUUGAUGAAUAACUCCUCCCUUAAUCCAUCUCCAUCAGCCACACCACCAAGGCGAAGUCCAGUCAAUCAACAAUCUGGUGAGUAAACACAGAUCUUUUUAUAUGUACUUGUUUGUGUAAAGCAUGUCUUUCUGUAAACCAGCUCUUCACAAAGACAGUAUUGUCACACCUCCUCAAUGUAGAUACCGAAGGGCAGAGCCCUUUGCAGAAGUGCCGGUUCUAUAGUGGUAGCGAUUGUGUGAACUUCGGCAUUUUUGGGACCAGAAAAACUAUCUGUGAUAGAGAGGUGGCAGUGUUAUAGAUGUGUCCCUCAGGGUAUUAAAGGAUAUUACGUUCUACCAUAGUGAAUAAUCAUAAAGAGCUAUAUAAAGGUUGGAGAGCUUCCCUUUUUUGUGUCCCUUUUGAGUUUUGAAAUUUUGUACAACCAAAAAUUAUAUGUACAAAAUGUUUGAUUAUUUCAGGUUAGAGGUCAGUCAUCAUUUUGAAUGAAAAACUAACAAUGUUCCACUUGUUACUUUGAAUUUUGUAAAAUGAGUUAAAUACUCCCAAUUUUUUUCAUUCAGCUAUUCUUUCUUACCUUGCUUAAAUUAUAAUGAUGUUUUUGUCAAUAUUUUGCCCCAAUUUCUGUUGUUUUAGGGCUUCCUGGUUUCCCCUCAGCAGCUGCUCGACCUCCUGCAUCUCAAGCAGUUGUCAAUGGUCCAGUUACAGGGUUCACACCAUCACCUCAGGGACAUCAUCAAAUGGAGCUGCGGUCUACUGCAAAUACAAACCCAUCAACUUUUCCAACACAGGCUUCUCAGAGACUUUCAGCACCUUUGUCACCUGGGGCUGCACUAGUAAAUGGGCUCUCCUCACAAGCUCCUGUCAGUAAGUUUGUUUCCCCACCCACAAGUAACGUUCAGGCUGGGUCAGCGUUUACUCCUGUAACAUCCUCUUAUCCCAACCAACCAUUGCCUCAUUCCUCAUCUGGAUCAACCCUCCCAGGUCAACAACAGCCUGNUCCCUUUUGAGUUUUGAAAUUUUGUACAACCAAAAAUUAUAUGUACAAAAUGUUUGAUUAUUUCAGGUUAGAGGUCAGUCAUCAUUUUGAAUGAAAAACUAACAAUGUUCCACUUGUUACUUUGAAUUUUGUAAAAUGAGUUAAAUACUCCCAAUUUUUUUCAUUCAGCUAUUCUUUCUUACCUUGCUUAAAUUAUAAUGAUGUUUUUGUCAAUAUUUUGCCCCAAUUUCUGUUGUUUUAGGGCUUCCUGGUUUCCCCUCAGCAGCUGCUCGACCUCCUGCAUCUCAAGCAGUUGUCAAUGGUCCAGUUACAGGGUUCACACCAUCACCUCAGGGACAUCAUCAAAUGGAGCUGCGGUCUACUGCAAAUACAAACCCAUCAACUUUUCCAACACAGGCUUCUCAGAGACUUUCAGCACCUUUGUCACCUGGGGCUGCACUAGUAAAUGGGCUCUCCUCACAAGCUCCUGUCAGUAAGUUUGUUUCCCCACCCACAAGUAACGUUCAGGCUGGGUCAGCGUUUACUCCUGUAACAUCCUCUUAUCCCAACCAACCAUUGCCUCAUUCCUCAUCUGGAUCAACCCUCCCAGGUCAACAACAGCCUGGAUUUCCUGUACAGGGACAGACAAACAUGCAUCAGGAUCAACUUGGGCAGACAACGAGUUACACAGGACAAGCUAGAGGUUUACCUUUAGACACAGCUGGUCUGUCUCCUCAGGGAAACCAAACAUUUGCACCCGAAGAAACCCAAUCAUUUUCAGCUCUUCAUUCUAACAAACCCAAGAGGCCUGUCAUGCCAGGCAACUCAGGAACAGGUUAUCCUGGACAACGUAGUAGCCCAUCUCCAAGGUCCACUCCCCCUCCCCCUGUAGGUCCACCUGGUUCAUUGGUGUCCCAGGGAUCAACUCCACCUCCUCAAUCAAAUUUACCGGGGUCCGCCAUGCCUCAAACCUCUUACAGUGGUCUAGCAUCAGGUUAUCCCCCCAUGGGACAAGACUCUCAAGCUGGGACAAGGCCUAUAUCUUCACGACGAAGAAUGUAUCCUGCUCAGGUAUACCUCAAAUAAGGGUGUAAUGAUUCAUGUUCCAUGUGAUUCAAUUUGAUUUUGAUUGUUGCCUUUCAAUAUUAUUUUGAUUAUUUCGAUUUGACUACGUAAUUGUUUCUCAAUUCUUAUAACAUAAUUUGUAAUGUAAACAACAUGCAACCCUAAACCCUCAAUUAGAGAAUAGUAACAGGGACAGGAGGAUUCACGGUCGCUUGGUUAUUUGUCGCCAUGUUUAAAAACCUGACAAAGAGCAUGUCGCACAUGGUUUGCCUUAUUUGGAAAUUCUCAAGGGGUGGUUGAAGGACAGCAUUUGUUACCAGGCAACACAAAAUGGCACACAAAUUGCAAUCAUCUUUGCAUGUUUAUCAGAAACACACAUUUUAAAGUGAUCUGGAUUCUGAUUUUACAAUAUAAUAACUCACUAAGGGCACCCUGGAAAAGGUAUGCAAAAAUUGAACCAAAAUCGAAAUGUGUAAGCAAAGAAUCGUGAAUCGAACCGAACGGUCAUAAUGGUGAUUAAUCAAGGAUUCAAUUAAUAGUUACACCACUAACCUGGAAUUUAAAAAAAAGAUUAUUAAUACAACAGAGCCUUUUCACAUGUGGUGAGAAGUUAUGUAAAUUUAUUGGAACAAAAGAAAUUUUUUACAUAAGAAAAAGGAUUGGUUUGGAACACCAACAUGGCUGUCAUUUCAUUGUUUUGGGACAACAAUAUGGUGUCAUGUGAAAACCCUCUAUUCUAACUUGAACAUCUUCAAGACGUAACUCCAAGUUUAAAAUGAUAGAAUGGUGUAAGUUCACACAUGGAAAAGAAAAAUGAAAGAGAGCACAGUACAAGUACAAAUGUACAUACAAAUAACAAAAUUUCUUAGUUUUCUAAUACCAAAUGUGUCAUAAUUUUAAAAGCUUUUUUGAUAUAGUGAUUGUUUUUCCUCCUAGUCUGUACCACCCUCUAUGCCUGGUAUUCCAGCUGGAAUGAUGAAUGUUCCUGGUCAAACAAGCCAGACUUAUCCUGGACAGAUGCCUGCUAUGGCUCAGCAACCUACUGUAAGUGCUUUUUGANUAAAUUUAUUGGAACAAAAGAAAUUUUUUACAUAAGAAAAAGGAUUGGUUUGGAACACCAACAUGGCUGUCAUUUCAUUGUUUUGGGACAACAAUAUGGUGUCAUGUGAAAACCCUCUAUUCUAACUUGAACAUCUUCAAGACGUAACUCCAAGUUUAAAAUGAUAGAAUGGUGUAAGUUCACACAUGGAAAAGAAAAAUGAAAGAGAGCACAGUACAAGUACAAAUGUACAUACAAAUAACAAAAUUUCUUAGUUUUCUAAUACCAAAUGUGUCAUAAUUUUAAAAGCUUUUUUGAUAUAGUGAUUGUUUUUCCUCCUAGUCUGUACCACCCUCUAUGCCUGGUAUUCCAGCUGGAAUGAUGAAUGUUCCUGGUCAAACAAGCCAGACUUAUCCUGGACAGAUGCCUGCUAUGGCUCAGCAACCUACUGUAAGUGCUUUUUGAAUAGAAAACUGUAAGAAAAAGUGCUUUAUUUGAACGUAAAUGUAUUUUUGACACGAAAGCACUAAUUGGGGACACUAUUGAACUUUACAAUUUGAUUGGGUAGUAUUGACAUCUUAAUUGCUUUAUUUGUUCCCCAACAGAUUUCACAAACUGGUAUCGUAAAGAAAUUUUUUUUUAAAUUGACUAUGACAUGUUUUUUUUCCUGUAGUGCAGAUGAUAAGAAAAAUAUAGUGUUUCAUGAAAUUUAAUGACUCUGUUUUCAGGGUCCAAGCCUCUCUCAGUUUCCAUCAUCUGGUGGAAUGGGUUUGGAAGGUCCCAUGGGGCGACUUACAGUCCAGGUACAUUGAAUACUCUGCAAUAAUAAUAGUGCUUCAUUAUCAAAGAUAAUCAGAUCAGUUUUAUCAGCAAAUUCUAAAACUCAAGUGAAAAAUCAUCUAUUGCAGCAUGUAUAAUAAACUGCAGUACACUAAAAUACAAUGUCCAUGAAUUUUUAAUCAACAUUCAUUUCAUUAAUCACACUGUCCUUUAAUAUACAUUUAUAUGGGACUUUAUUCACAGUGGCAUACUAUUCAAGGUCAGAAAUUGCAUGCUAAUUUGGUUUGAUUUGUUUGUUUGUUUGAUUUUUCACAUUGUAACAGUCAUCUGUCAUUCAACCUAUCAAUCUUCUGGAACAGAGGCAUGUCCUUCCCACAACCCCAAUUGAACACCCAACACCUAACUUGCCACAGGUAAGUGGAUGGUUCUUUCUACCUGCAUAUUGCAUAGGAUUUUUAACUGCAUAUUGUUUAAAAAGAGAAAGGCUGGCAUCAGUGCAAUGUUAACGUUAUUAUGAGGUAUUGACUUUAUUAAAAAUACUGUACCAUUAACAGCAGUUUUUCAAGUUCAAUGGUUAUGCUUUUCAAAGUCGCCUUUUGGUGAUCUAAAAUUACAUGUAUGAGGUUGUUACUGGACUUAUCUUUUUUUUGUCUGAAAAAUGUUACAUAAGAAGGUUUUUGUGUGCAGACAUGUCCUUCUUGACUCUGACUUGGGUUUGCAUAUCUGUUUUGAAUUCUCCCAACAUCCUCUCAUGUUUAUAUCAAGCUAUGCAAACACAGAAAAGGUUUUAUAUGUCGAAAAUACAACAAUCAAGAGGGAUGUCUUUUUAUGAUUAACAUUCAAAAUCUAAUGUUAACGAAGUUUUCAUUGUAUUUGUUAGUUGGGUUGGUUUCUAUUAUGUAAUUCUUCUAUGCCUUUUUUGUCGUUUCAGGAUAUUCGUAAGAAGAACUGUGACCCAAGGUAAUAUCCAUUUUUUCUUUUGAUUGCACUUACUUCUCAUGUUGUUAUGGAAACCAAGUGAGAGGAGUUUGCUGUCAAUAACAAAUACACUGUCUUCAGAGCUUUCUUUAACCUAUACUUACUUUUGUGUUUUGCUUUUUUGGUGAUCUGGUAAUGGUAGAUGUGAAACUUUUUAUUUGAGACACAUCAUUAUUAUUAGGGUGUGCCUUGUCCAACGUAGUCCAAGAUCAAAUCAGGGCAUAUGUGUUCAGAAGCCCAUGAUUUACCCUCAUUCAACAUGACCUUUCCUAGGCUGGGUGUUUGGACAUAAUAGCACUCCUUUAAUAUUAAAAGUACAACUGGUCAAUCUGCCUUGCUGCAAUGAAUUGUCACUAAGGACUUAUCUAUCCACUGUACAUGUACUUAUGACAUUUUGGUCUGUUGUUUAGACUGUGACUCAUUCUUUUUGUUUGUUUGAUUUUAUAGUGUACUUUGCUGUACAUUAAAUGCUGUUCCUGAAACCAAAAGCCUUUUAACAAAAUCUAAGCUUCCAUUAGGAAUUCAUCUUCAUCCGUUUAAGGAUCUGCAGGUCAGUUCCACAGUGAAAGGAAUGCUAUGAAUUACUGUACCAGCAAAUGAAUUUACACUUUUUGCUAAUAUAUGAAGAAUUUCACAAGCAAAAUAGUAACUUGUUGGAUAAAGUACCUUCAGAAUCUUUUAAGUUCUUUGAUUACAACAACCUAUGAAUUUUAAAAAAACAUAUUUAACUUCCUGGGGGAAAUAAUGCAUUUUCAUAAUUAUAACGAGGUGGCAUGGCUUAGUGGUUAGUGCAGUGGGCUUGUAAUUCAGAGGCCCUGAGGUUAAAAGGUUCAAGUCCAUUCCUGACCGCUAGCUGGAUUUGUUCUCUCAUAGUCCUGAGUUCAAAUCCUCGGCUAUGCUUGUAAAUAGCCAACUGGUUUGCCUCUGGCCAGUUGGGAAUCUUAAUCAUGUUAUGCUCCAUUUAAAAUUACUUGUUUCAUUAUCUCUGAAAAGCCCUAAGAGGGGAGAGGAUAAUUAAAGUAUUAUUAUUAUUAUUGUUUUUAUUAUUAUUAUUAUUAUUAUUAUCAUCAUCAUUAUUAUUAUUACAUAACUCAAACUGUGAUUUAAAUAAAUACAAAAUAGGCUUACCUGUCUGUGUACUUGUGAAUGUACAGUGUACAUGAAUAUCUGUUAUAGGUUAAAAUUAAAUUCAGGUUAAGAAUUUUCAACCUCGUUCAGUUCUCAUUUUUUUUUAUCUCCUAGCCCUACUUCAUGAAUAAAUAAAUUAUAAGGAUUAGAAUACAUGUUGCCUUUGGAAAGAAACUUAUUAGAAGUCUUAAUGUUGUGUUUCAACAGAAUCUUCCAGUUAUACAUUCCUCUGUUAUAACAAGAUGCCGUUCCUGUAGAACUUAUAUCAAUCCUUUUGUGACUUUCACCGAUUCCAGAAGAUGGAGAUGCCCAAUGUGUUUUAGAGUAAAUGAAGGUGUGUCAUUGCAAGACCCAUCUUAUCCCUUCUACAUAAUGCAGUAAUACACACUACAAGCUCCUAUGUUUGAUCUUAUAUUAUUAUGAUAUCAAACAAAUGACCAUAGUUAUGGUAAUUCGUAAUUCUGUAGCUACAAUAUUUCUGGUUUAAUGCGUAAAGUAUGCAAUGUUGACAGUCAAAAUGUAAUAUAAAUCACUAAAAAUAACAUAAAUAAAUGAACAAAGGUUUGUAGGUUUCUAUGUCUGGUUACUUAAAGUGUGUCCAGAGAAAAUCCUCUAAGAAAUAAAUGUUUAAGGUUGUUUUCUAUCUUGAAAAGAUUUGUGUUUUAAGAGGUAGACACUGUAAGCUUACUGUUAACCCUGUUGUGUGAUCAUACAUGAAAAUGUAUACUAUACAGAACACAACAUUACCAGGCCUAUUUGCAGGAUGUGGAGGCUUGGACACAAUUAUGUCUUCCAUCUUGUUUGUUUGUGUGCAUUUGUGUGGGUUUUUUUCUUUUAAAAGUGCCUUGUUGGCAAUAAGUCCUUUUUUUUGUGGAAAGUAAUGAAGAGGUAAUGGUAGUACAAUUUUAAAUACUGCUGUAUACAAGGCUCAAGGAAACAGGUUUAAGAAAAACAUAAGAAAAGAGAAGAUAUAUUCUGUACAGAAUGAAUAAGUGCAUUUAUCUAAUAUUACAAUUUGAUUAGGCUGAAAGAUAAAACGUUUCACCUUGUGUACAGAGAAUUCCCUCUCCUAGCAGACAAAAGCAAAUUCCCUUUUGGUUUGCAUUGUAAAUCCAAGACCAGAUUCUUGGAUAAUAAGCUUUAUAAUGUGGUUAGUAAAAUUUUUUAUCUGCUAAUCCUUUGGGUUGGUAACUGUUAUCGAAAAACGUAAAUUUAAGACCUGCUUUCUGCAUAUUUAUUAUUGUUUUGUAGUACCAGAGGAAUUCUGUUUUGAUCCUACAACAAGGCAGUAUGGAGAUCCAUCGAAAAGACCAGAAGUUAGGACUGCAACUGUAGAGUUUAUAGCACCUUCAGAAUAUAUGGUAAGCAGAUAAAAUCUAGUCCCUGAGACUACUGCCCACUGAGUAUGUCAUUUAUAAAGGAAACCGAAAUACUUUUUUACCAUAAGAUAUGACAAGCUAUCAUUUCCUUUGCCCUGGAUAUUUUCUGAGGACACUUGAAAAUACAGCUGUAUUUUCCAUUAUUACAUAUACCUGGUAAUCCAAAAUAAUAGAACUUUUAUUAUCAUAUGUGCUGUGUGCCCCCACACCGCCCUGCAAUCUAUGAAAGGCAUAGCUACCAACUUGGAAAGUGAGGCCACAUUUAAUAAGUUUAUUUUCAAGCCUGGAUACAAUUAACAAUAAUUAAUAUUUGGCUUUUCAAGAAGUUUGACAGACUAAUCAAUUAAUAUUAAUUUUUUAAAAUGUGUUGUGUUUGUUUUCAGCUGCGUCCCCCUCAGCCAGCGGUCUUCCUGUUUGUUUUGGAUGUUUCUUUCAAUGCUUUAGAAACAGGUACAUUCAUGAUUCUCAGCAGUCAAUAGCACUGAUAUUGGGCUAUGACAACUUACUUUUUACCAUACUAUGCUUACUAAAUAGUAUGUUUUUGUUGAUUAAUCUUUUUCUCUCUGUGAAUUGGAAUGCUUAAAAAACAGGGUACAUUGUAUCUGAUUGUUCUGAAUUCACAGCCUAUCAAAUUUUCUUAAAAAUGUUUCGAAAAGGACAUUAUUAAUAUGAGUUAAAAGACCCUGGUUAUUAUGUGGAAAAAUUGCAGAAGCAGAAGUUUAACCAACAACUUUUUUGUAAAAUUAAUAAUUGAAACUCAAGAUGGACAUUACAUGAAUAAAGAAAGGCAUUGAUCCAUUCUAGACUGUUUUAGGGGGUGUUUUAUGUUGUAGUUAAUUUUUUAUCUCAGGUAAUUUUUAUAUUUCUUCUUUUUUCAACUUCAUUAGCCUACAUUACUAUACCCCAAAACAAAAGAAAAACAAAAAUUACCUGAGAUAAAAAGUUAAGUACAACAUAUAUCUUACAGAGACCACUACUUUACUGUUUACUGCUUAUGUUUUUCAGGUUACCUAAAUAUGUUUUGUAAAUUACUAAAAGACAACCUUGAUAAAAUGCCAGGAGACCUGAGAACACAGAUUGGAUUUAUAACAUUUAAUAGCACAGUUCACUUUUAUAGCUUAAAGGUAGGUGACUUCCACAUAACUGGCUUAUGCUAAUUAUGUUAGAUUCUUCCAUACUGGAAGUCUUUUUCCUCUCCCUGCGCUAAUUAAGACGCUGAACUCAUCCAUUUAUUUCGUCUUCCUUUUUUUGCAGUCUAAACUUAGCCAACCUCAAAUGCAUAUCGUAUCAGAUUUAGAAGGUAUGUGCUUGCUUCAUUUUGGUAGACGAUACAGUUAGUGCUUGUACAUGUAUUUGUGAAAGCCAGAAAAUUGAUACUACGUCUCUUUAUUGUAUUUUUAGAUGUUUUUCUGCCUUCCCCGGAUGAUUUGCUGGUCAAUUUAAAUGAAAGCAAAGAGGUGAGCAGGACUCUGCUUUAAAAUGCAAUGUUUAUCAAUUUUUCUAUGGGCUACUUAACUCAAUUUAUCUGAGUUUACUGUGAUGUUUAAUAGAUCAGCGGUAUGUAACUUACUGGUAGUAUCAAACUUCUAAGCUCAUGAUAUUUCAAGGCUGUGCUCUAAGGAAAAUUGAAGGGAGCCCAGUGCUCUGAAACUGUAAAAUCUAGGGUGUCAGCAUAUGAUUUGUAUGAAAAAUUUGAGAUUUUCUAGUCGCCCGAGGGCAAAAGUUAGUCACUAGGGGCCACCGGGCUCUGCUAGAGCACAGCCCUGCUGAGGCACUGUAUAAAGGCAAGCAGCGAUACUCCACUUAAUCAGUGAUGGUUUGGAAUGUAUACAUUAUGCACGUGCAAACAAAUGCACUUGGAUAGGAUGGCAUUUGAAAGAAAUGAUUCUCUAGGGUAACAUCGUGUGGUCUGAAAUGGGAAAACAAAAUGUACAAACUAAAGGCAUCUAUUAAUAUAUUAUUAAUUCAAACAUUUUUAUCUUGCCUCUCUGAACAUAUUACUUUUUAUUGGUACACUUUAAUAAAUCAUUUUAUGGGAUUCUAAAUGAGCAUUUCCAUCACAAACACAAUAAAGAUGUUUGUGUUUGAAGGAGAUGAUUAGUACUGUACACAGUGUGAAAUGUUACACACGAUCUCUCAAUUUGGCUGUCAAAUACUUCUCUCCUGCAACUGCCACGUAAGAUGUAAAGAAGUUUUAAAAUUAUUACCUUUCAACAAAAUCAAAGGCUCUUACUCAGGGAUUAACUACUUUCCUAAUCAGGAUCUGAGUGUGUUAGUAAUAAGAAUUUUUAUCUUGUUUUUCAGCUAGUAUUACAGCUACUAGACUCUCUUCCAACAUUGUUCAGCAAGAAUCCAAAUGUGCACAGUGCCACAGGGGCAGCCAUGCAGGCAGCACUAAAGUUAAUUGUAAGUAGCCACAUCCUUCUCUUACACAUAGGCAAUUGUAAAUACAGUGGAAACUCUAUUAACAAACCUUUAUAUAACAAAGUCCUGGGUAUAAAGAACAGACCCCUGUAGUAGUAAAAUAUAUGGAAAAGAACUUCAAUAUUUCCAAACUUAUAUAGAGGUUCCACUGUGGUCUGGUAUUUGCCAUGCAUUGUAGAUUAUAGUAAAAGAGAACCUUGCCAUUGAGAGGAUAAAUGGCUCUUGUAAUGACAUACAAUGCUUGGGGCUAAGAGAGAGGUUAUUUCAUUGAGGUAUCAAGGUCACAGGUAGAUCAGGUGUGGCUAAUUUUUUCUUCGUGAAAAUAUACUAUUUUUCUUUGCUUUUUAAAGAAUAUCAUACACUAUUAUGCAAGAAUCGAAUAGGCUAUUUGCACUAUGGUGCCACUUUACUACUGUGCUAUGACCAGAAUCCUCUUUGUUUUUCCUUUCAUAUUUAAAUUUGGAAAUCCCAGCGAGGUUUGAAUAACAGUAGCACUAAUCUACACAAGAAAGGAAAACCCUGAAGGAUUCUGGUCAAAGUAGUAAAAUGACGUGGUCAUCGUGCAGAUGCCCUAUUAAAGAUAGAUUUGAACCACAACAGACAUAAUAAUAUAAGAAGGCUUAUGUUUUUUUAGCCAUUGUGAUAAGUUAAUGUUUUUUUUUUUCCUCAUAUAUGAAGGGUCCUAUUGGUGGCCGUGUGACAGUGUUUCAGACAACUCUUCCUAAUAUUGGUCCAGGGGAGUUAAAAAAGAGAGAGGAUGGACAGAAAUCCAGCCCAAAGGUUGGUUACCAAUUAAUAUGCAUGUUCCACGAGACAAAGUCUCUCAAUGGUUAUAAGACAAAUUAUAGUCUCUGACCUCAGGACUCUCAGCUGCCAAGAGACAAAUCAACAUGUGCUGUACAGUUAUGUUACAUGACAUACACUGUAUGCCAUAAUCUUAUUGUGGCACUCCAACAGCUGCAGCUGAUUCUAAAUCAUCAGGGUUUUUUUUUAGCAAGAUGUUGUGUGACUUUGCAGGGCUGGCAUUAUGGGCUAGUGGCUGGAGAUUUCCCCUGGCUACCAAGAACAUGACCCCAGCUAUUUUCAUGGUAAAGCUGUUUAGUUCCCGUCCCCACAGCUUAGAAACUAAGUGAUAGCUCUGCUUUGAAUUGAGGCGUUUUAACCCAUUCGCUCUUGGGAACGCGUUUUGAAGCUAGUCGAUUGGUCAGUGUCUGGGUAUAAAAAGCGAAAACUUACAUAAAGCCGUUUACAGGACGUACACGUCGCGGCCUUCUGAUCGGCAUCCAGAUGAAGAAUAUUCGCUUCCGAAGUUUGGGCAUGCCCAGAAAGCAAAAUUUCUUUCCUCCCUUCUUCUUUCGCUUGUCUCGCUUUUUUUUCUUUUGCUGGGCAUUUACACUGUACUAGGCUUCAUUUUGGAGGGGAAAGUUUCUGGGAAAGCUUUUAGGAUCUUAUGAUUAGCUAAAAGGAAAGGUAGGUGAGUAGUGAAACACGAUUUUCAUGGGAAUUUUCGGGUCAACGUUACACGUUUUUUUUGCCUUUUUUCUCUGGCCUCCUUUACUGAAUCGUGCUCAUUCUGGUAUGGUUUAAAAGAUCUAACUCUUCGCCCUGUACAAGUUGACCGUUUGAACUGAUGACUUCAUAAGUGGUAGAAGGGACGUGGAUCCACACGGGCGGUUCAGGGAUACUCGAAUUGUGGACAAGCAUCCAUUGCGCAUGGCAUUUUUUUUUAGCUUUGUUUAACGGAAACUUUCUCUAAGUGAAAACUUAAAUUAAUUUCUGUAAAUUUAUACCUAAUGAAGAAACAUUUUUUGCUUACUUUCCGUACGUAGGAUGUUCAGAAUCUGACACCAGCAACAGAUUUCUACAAGAAGUUUGCCUUGGACUGUGCUGCUGAGCAAGUAGCUGUAGACCUGUUUUUGUUGUCUGGACAAUAUGCUGACAUUGCAACAUUAAGUGAGUAUUCUGGUAAAGGAUAAAUACCUCUGUGUCGUGGUAUCUUAAUCUCUCAGGCUUCACAAAACAAUUGCUACACAUUAUUAAAAUGUUCUUUGUUUUAAUCUUUCAGUGUGUGCCUCUAAAUAUUCUGGUGGAUCAGUGAUGUAUUACCCAGAUUUCCAUGCGGUCAGGAACCCAGCAGCAGCAGAAAAAUUUGAAAAUGAAUUUGUGUAAGUAGUUAUAAUUUUUAAAGGUUAAUGCUGUAUUCCUAUUAAAUCUUAGGAAGAUUCCUUCAAAAAGAUACUUCUUCCUUCCUUCUUCCUUCAAUAAUAUACUUAUAGUUUACUCAAGUAAAAAAUAAAAUCGUGUAAUGCUAAACCGCGACGGCAACGAAAACUCUAAAAAAAAAAAAGAAAGAAAAAAGGUCUCAUUAGCAAAAAGCAGCACACUUUUUUGUACAUAUCUUUGCCGUUGUUUUGCCCGACUAAAACGUGAAACUUCCUAGUUACACGUUUUACAAAGGAAAUGUCGUAUGUUUAAAGUGUCUGUCUGCCUUUUUUUUUAACCUUGGUGGCCGCAGCGCUAGCAUUUCUCGUUUUCUCACCGCGGCUAUAAAAUUUUCUUGUUUUUCUUUCAACAAACUUCCUCUCUCUUGAUUUUUUAUGUCAUGCUUUAGCUCUUUCUCUGUUAGCCACGUUAGUGUAGUAGUACUAAAGGUGACGUUUGACAUCGGCUUACAUGGAGUGGGUGGACGAACGUACGGAUGGUCACGUGAUUGUGCGGUUGUUGAAACGUUGGAUGGCGCUAUCCACUGUAUCUAGUCCAGCGGAUAAGUAUUAGGGAGACCAAUUGUGUCAUCCACUAGAUAUAGUUUCAUGUGGUAAGCUCUAUCCAAGCUUCGAACAACUGGACUCAGGAGGUUAGGCUCCUCUGGUCAUCCACGACAACUGAGAUGGACGUUAAUCUAUUUUUUUGCUUUAUCAUUUGCAGUCGUUAUCUAACAAGGAAGAUUGGAUUUGAAGCUGUCAUGAGGGUCAGGUGUACUAAAGGUAAAUUGCAAGUAAAGUUUCUGCUUAAACUCUUCGCACCCUGAUAUUUUGUUUUACCUAAAGACGUAGCAUUUCAUCGUUGUUUUUCCCUCCCCUUUUUCUCUCAACAGGUCUUUCUAUUCACACGUUUCAUGGCAACUUCUUUGUACGCUCAACGGACCUAGUUUCCUUGCCAAAUGUCAGCCCUGAUAGUGGAUUCAGUAUGCAGAUUGAUAUUGAAGACUCAUUAACAGACUCUAAUAUCGCAGUGUUUCAGUCUGCACUUCUUUAUACAAGCACUAAAGGUAAUGUUGCAUCCAACAAACCGGUUGCAGUUGUACCUCUUCUUUUUGCACCCUAGGUUCGAUUUGUGCCGCUCUCUCCGUCGUCCUUGAGAAGAGACUAGGCUGAUUGAACAACAGGACGGGAACGUCAGUUGGCGACAGGAAAGCGCGCGGAAAGGACUAAACACGACUUCCGAUGCCCAAUUUGCCGCUGUGCCAUUGGUCAAGCCAGUUGUUUGAUUUGCGCGCGCCUUUGUCAAGUGACGUUCCCGUUCUGUUGCUAAAUCGGCCUACUGUUCUGGGAAGAAGCGCGGGCUCAUUUCCAGAACAGUGGCUGGUAAUCCAGCCUGUUUGUACCCUCAAUCACUCUCUUUACUUCAUGUCAUGAGUGACACUUAUACUUCAAGGUGUUAGUUGAGUUACCUUGGGUACCCGAGGUUGUUUCUCGUGUGCGGGAUUCUUCGAUGUCGGCCGUAGGCGACAGAUCUUCGGCCGAAGGUCGAAGCCAUGAGCAGUGAAGCUUUUUUGUUGGGUCACUAGAAAGACUUUACUCAAAACGGAAACCGUGGGUAAAAGUCGAGUAAAGCGGUGAAUAAAAUGCAGUCCCUUGGUAAGUUAAGGGUUAAUUUUGUUUGCAGGUGAGCGGCGUAUCAGAGUACACACACUGGCGUUACCUAUCACUAACAAGCUGGCCGAUAUAUAUGCCACAGCUGAUGUUCAAGCCAUUGCUACACUCUUGGCUAAAAUGGGUGAGUGCACUUAAUAGUGAAACAAAAGAAUCUGUUGGUUUGCACAAAUCAGCUGGAGUUUUGCCCUAGAGCUCUGUUGAAAGCAAGUUAAACUAAGGCAAUGCGGCACCAUUCAGGAGCUAAUUCAUUUUGAUGUGCCAGUGAUGGGGUAUUGCAAAUCACCGUCAGCCAUCUUUAUAUCUCUCUCAUCAGUUCCCAAACUUGCCAGUUGUCACUGAAUUUAAUUGUUUUCUGACUCACUGGAUCGCUUUUCUUGUUAUCAUUGUUACACUUUUGGUUAAGGAGGUAGAGUUAGAAGUUAGAAUAUGACCACAAAAAGCGCUGCUUAUACCAUUUGGAUCCGGAAUUAAACAUGCUUCCCAACGUUUUUCACCAAAUCACUUAGAACUCACUAAAAAUAACGAGACGAAUUCUCAAAACGCGUGAAAAUCCAGUGGCCAGCGACUACCAUUAAAAAUCUGGCCUUUUUCCUGUAUCUACUUCAAAUGCCUCGAGGAGUUGUCCUUAUUCUUUUUCUUGGUUCAUUUAUCAUUGAUUAAUAAAUUAGUUUUGUACCUCACUGACUGUUGCUUUUUUUUUUGUUUUCUUGUUCCGCAGCUGUUGACAGAACACUGAGUUCCUAGUUAGGCGAUGCAAGAGAGGUUAGUGCUACAUAAAUAGAACGCUUUCCAUUCAUUAGUGGCGUAUAUCAAACUCAGUAAUUAAGUUUGUAAGCAAUUGAAUUCUGACGGCAAGCUAAUAAAAGAAAUGCUGAAGAAACUUCAUAAGAACAGUCACUCGGUGGCUGGUUUGACUGCGAGCGAGCCACAUACUCCAAACGAAAGAGGAAAAUAAUGCAAAUUAAUGAUAAACAGGAGGAGAUAUUAGGAUGGAGAGAGGAAAAAUAUUUUUUCUUCGCUUGGCUUCUCUGCUCGCCUCACGCGUGCUCUUGAUCUGCAGCCGUUUAUGACUGUAAAGAAAUAUAAAACAUUGCUCGCAGUCUAGUAGUCGGGAGAAUUUCAUCUGUAAUUCUGGUACAGGGAGGCAGAACAACCUUGCACAGUAUCACAAACAGGAUCACAAAUCUAAAUAUUUAAAGCAACUUGAACUGCUUAUUAAACAGUAUAACAGGAAAGUUUGGGAAAAAGAUUUAGUGCUUGAAGUUUAAACACACUCACUGACUGACAGAUAGCUUAUCAAGAUCGCUGUUGACAAUGAACUAUUUCACGUUGUUUUAUUAGGCUCUGAUGAAUGCUUGUAUAGACACUCUUGGAGUGUACCGUACAUCAGUGGCAAAUCAACCUCAAAGCAGUGGAUUGCUAGCCCCUCAUUCCCUCAGAUUACUGCCUCUCUUUAUACUGGCCAUCAUGAAACAUGUAUGUAUUUGAACAGAUGUGUUUGUUUGUUUGUUUGUUUUCUAAUGAAAGCAUCAUCUUGUUGCGUCAUGCAUGUAGUGGAGGAAAUCAAAAGCAACACGGUGUUGCUUCUGUGAAGCUACGUUAACGUUUCAUGUAGCCCAGCAGUUUUCUAGCGUGUAGGUUGUAAUCUAUAGGUAUCUUCUCCAUCCUAAAGUAUUCUAUGAGUAAACUGAUAUUUUGAGGUCAGUUUCCUUCUGUUUCCAGAAACUUCCGAGUCAGAGAGGCGAGUUUAAUGACAUUGAUCAAAAUUCGAACUUUUCAAGUUCCUAAAAAUUCUACUUCUUCUUUAUGCUGAGUAACAAGGAUGCAAAGACAAAACAACUGCUGACUUAUUGUCGUCUUAACCGUUGUCGUUGAUAUCGAAAAGUUACCCUUUCGAAGUUUUUAUUGAACGGCGAUAACUGCCAAAAGAGGAAACAAAGAUGCUUGUGCUCUCUUUUAUAGUUUUCUAUUCUCACUGACAUUUCUACCUUGCCAUUGUCAAUCCAUGCCAAUCGAAUUAGGUCGUUCAUAUUUGUUGAAUCUCUCAUAUCUGGUUUUAAUUUCCGUCCUGACAUUUUGUUUAUGCUGUUUGAUUCUUUCAGGUGGCUUUUCGUCUUGGUUCCAGCAGCCGCUUGGAUGAGCGGUGCUUUGCGAUGCAACAGUUCAAAGUGAUGCCUCUUAGCCUGGCCAUGCUGUCUGUUUAUCCCAAAAUGUACCCAAUUCACGACUUGUCAGAUGAGGUGAGCAUGGCCAUCAUGCCAGCCCACCAAAGCAUUUUGAGGGGUGGGGGACGAAGAAGGAGACAGUAGUUGCUAUAUUGUCGAGUAAAUCAUUUAAAAUUAGGUUAAGUGACUGGGUUACAUUGUGAGAGACAGGUAAAGAGAGGAAAGCCUCCAUACGGCCCACCUCAGGCAAACUUCUUCCGUUUGCAUCACUUUUUUGUUUUAUAUGCCCUGGACUCCAUAAUUAGCUAUGGUCUAAACGAGUGGGGUACUGGUACGACUUACGACCACAAAGGCCCUAGGGAUCGUUUGGAGGGACAGCCGCAAGCCACCUGUUAAAGACGCUCUCAGUCAAAGUUAUUCUGACUCAAGAAUAAGAUAUCGUGCAUCAGGGUCUUUAAAAACUCUUAAAUAGUGAAGAUAAGGUUCAUUUCUGAAAUGCAGUUUGGAACACAGCUCUUUUUGUGCGCCACGUUUGUUGACCGUCACGCAAUCCCUCCAAACGAUCCCAAAAAGCUUUAUGGUCGCAUUUCUUGCCCAGUUUUAUACUCGUUUAGAACAUGGUGAUUGUAAAAAUGUUUCCUUUCACAGGGCGCUAUUCAAACUAAAGCAGGCCUGGUUGCAAAACCCCCUAUCUAUCACUUAUCAGGAGAAAAGCUGAGUCGGAAGGGAAUUUUCCUCAUGGACACGGGUCAUGUAAGUAUAGCGAUAAUUUCUAUCAAACGCAAACAGCAAGUUAGUUUAUUUGAGGGCUUCCUCCUCAGGGCUAUUACCUAACAGAAGACUGGAUUCUACAGCAUCCAAGGAACACAUUUAGAAAGAAGUAGCCUGCGAAUACAGCCUUGUAUCCCCGCCCCUCGCCAGUAGGUACAUUUCGCGAGGAGCGAGGAGAGGCGGCUGUAUUCGCAGGCCAGGAAAUAGGAACCCAUUCUUCUUAUGUGCUAAGACGUAAAGAAAAACAUACAAACAAACGUCAUUAGACGUGUAUAAUGGUUCCUUAGGCUAGAACCGGCAUUUCUUAGCUUCAGCUAUAGGCCUGCUCUAAAGCUGUGUUCACAAAUACCGGAUAGGGCUUCUGUUCACAGAUAAGAACGGUGAUUUCAGAGUUUAACAAAUGCGUCGCUUAGUGGAGCUGGGUCCCUGGGAUGUCCAGGAGCUUCCACCGUUGGAAAAGCCAGCCCCUAGACAGAGUUUGGUGGCGGCAGGAAAAGCUAUCCGCUACAGUAUGAACACUAGCCUAAAUUUGUCUCCGUUAGAGCCUUGAUACUUCGGCUGUUUUGGUUUAAGGUUUGUUCCUGGCGUUAUUUGCUGUGUUUAGAUUGGCUACGUGAUGGCGCAUACAUUAUCGAAUGUAUUUGACAGUGAGUGAUCAAAAUACUAAGAUGAAAUGUUGCAUGUUGUUUUUUCAGGCUUUCUAUAUUUGGGUUGCACGGGACGCUCCUAUUGAUGUCAUUCAAGCGCUGUUCAAUGUCCCUAAUUUUGGCAGUAUUCCAGAAAAUUUGGUAGGAAAUUCUUCUUCGUAUCACUUUAAUCUCUGACGGCUCAGUACUGAAUAGUCAGCAUUUCUUUUAGUUACCAGUUUAGAAUAACUUUCACAAUCCAUGAUCGAUCGAAAAUUUCAGACUCAUGAAGGGUAGAUAUUCUUUUUUCAGUUUUUCUUACCCACUUUUCACCGAAGUGAUUCAAAGUAGGUGAUUGCUGAGUCGCAAUAUUUUGUUCUGUUGCAGGGUUCACUUCCAGUGUUAGAAAAUCCCCAGUCAGAAAGAGUAAGGACAUUUGUGGAUUACUUGCAGUCACAGAGAACGUGUNAACCGGCAUUUCUUAGCUUCAGCUAUAGGCCUGCUCUAAAGCUGUGUUCACAAAUACCGGAUAGGGCUUCUGUUCACAGAUAAGAACGGUGAUUUCAGAGUUUAACAAAUGCGUCGCUUAGUGGAGCUGGGUCCCUGGGAUGUCCAGGAGCUUCCACCGUUGGAAAAGCCAGCCCCUAGACAGAGUUUGGUGGCGGCAGGAAAAGCUAUCCGCUACAGUAUGAACACUAGCCUAAAUUUGUCUCCGUUAGAGCCUUGAUACUUCGGCUGUUUUGGUUUAAGGUUUGUUCCUGGCGUUAUUUGCUGUGUUUAGAUUGGCUACGUGAUGGCGCAUACAUUAUCGAAUGUAUUUGACAGUGAGUGAUCAAAAUACUAAGAUGAAAUGUUGCAUGUUGUUUUUUCAGGCUUUCUAUAUUUGGGUUGCACGGGACGCUCCUAUUGAUGUCAUUCAAGCGCUGUUCAAUGUCCCUAAUUUUGGCAGUAUUCCAGAAAAUUUGGUAGGAAAUUCUUCUUCGUAUCACUUUAAUCUCUGACGGCUCAGUACUGAAUAGUCAGCAUUUCUUUUAGUUACCAGUUUAGAAUAACUUUCACAAUCCAUGAUCGAUCGAAAAUUUCAGACUCAUGAAGGGUAGAUAUUCUUUUUUCAGUUUUUCUUACCCACUUUUCACCGAAGUGAUUCAAAGUAGGUGAUUGCUGAGUCGCAAUAUUUUGUUCUGUUGCAGGGUUCACUUCCAGUGUUAGAAAAUCCCCAGUCAGAAAGAGUAAGGACAUUUGUGGAUUACUUGCAGUCACAGAGAACGUGUCAUGCUAACAUAUAUAUUCUAAGGUAUGUUAAUUAUCGCAGAGAAAGUGAUUCAGGUUCCCUAGCGAGACUCGAGACGUAGCAUAAUCCCUCAAGUUACCAAUCAGCAUUAAAGAAUUUUAUUAAAAAGACAUCAGCUAGACUUCUCUUCAAACUCUAACCGAGAGUCUGUUCGUAAAACUAAUUUUUCUUCCUGGAAGGGUGGUUAAGUUGGAGGUAACAUGUAAGUGUGAAUUACCCUUUUUACAGUAAACGCUAUGGCGAUAAGUGACAUCCAAGAACUAUCACACAGACUACAGCUACAUGCACGCUGUUAAGUGUUAUCAAGAUUGAUAAGCUAGAGCUUGCGUUGUCCAAGUCAUAAAAAGGUCGUCUGCACCUCUUUAAAUGUAAACUUUAAGAACGUGUGAGCGGUCCAACAAAAGUCCUGAAGCGAGAAUGAAAACAAGUCUGUUCAGAGGCCAACUGCGUGACGUCUAAUAUGUAGCUGUCAGUGAAGAGGUAACUCCCUCUUAAAAUUGGUAUUUAAAAAUGUCACAAACAAAUCUACGCCCGUAGGCACGAGCCGCUUAGUAACUUUCAUUGUAAGUUUCCUUUUGUUUGCUUAGAUAUGUUGUAACGUUAUUAAACACAAGCCAAUUUCUUUGAUAUCUUACUGUGCUUUUCUCUGCAUUUUACAGGGAGGACAGUCGAUUUAGAAUGUUGUUCCUUCAAAACCUGGUGGAUGACAGAUCAGAGUCAGUUAUGUCUUAUUACGAGUUUCUCGUCCAUCUUCAAAAGCAGAUUUCCAAAUGAGCUCUCUAAUCAAACAGCGGGUCAGGUGAUGAUUCAGACAAUGCAAAAGAAGCAAUAAAAGGGAUAAUUCCGCUCUCAACCAACUCAGGGACAAAUGAAUGGCGUCUGCAGCACUCUGGAAAUGUUCAAUGUGGACGUAGAUGAAAAGAAAAACGUACAGAGCUGACCCUUAGCAAAAUUAAGACGAUAGAAAGAAUAUACGGAGCAAUGCGCAAGAUCGAUUUUACCUGUAACUCGCACAUAAAGGAUGAAGACAUUUCAAACAAAAAGAUGUUAGGUGUCUAGUUAUAGUAGCCAUAAGAAACCUGGGCAGAAAUACACAAUUUGUAGUUGCCUCUCCCACCCUAUCCUCGCGCACAGAGCUCCAAGCUUUUUUCUUAAAAAAUUGCUUCACGUGGCAAAUAAUGGAAAAAACUUUGGAGACAGCAACGGUUCCCCCUUAGGCCUGUUAUCAAGCUAUGGGAUUGCGGGAAUAAUUCAUUGCUAUUGGAGAUUAUAGAAACCUGUAUGGUUGGUAAAACUGCGCGACGGGAUACGGUGUACUUUGUUUAAAAAACACUGCCUUCUUCUCUUACUGCUUACAUUACGUCUGCGGAUGUGAAACACUCGGACUUUUUGGGGAUAGCAUCACCAAUUACGAACAAUUUGUUGGUGGAUUAUGACCAUACGGGAAAAUUAAAAGUAAACAUGGCCUGAUGAAAUACAAAGUACUAUUAAUUGGAAAAACCACCCAUUUUUCAGAGAUUUAAGCCUCGGGUUUGAAUAAUACUAUUUAUAAUGUCUGUCAAAUCUUUGUUAAAGUCGUUUCUGCUUGGUUAUCUCUGAAUCAUCCGCAGUUACCCUCAGUUUUGAUUGUGACAACUGAAAUUACUCAUCCGAACAGUGCGCAUGCGCGAUUGUUCUUUUGUUAUAAAAAGCGGAUGCUUACGAAUUUUUAUUCUGCGGAUUUCUUUUUGUUGUUGUUUUCGUCAAAGGAGUUUUAGACUCAGAUCAAGACAGUUUUAACUGAAAUAUUGAAACUUGUUGUCACGACGUCUUCGUCAGGCGAGUGUAACCAUUUUAACGGUGGUAGGUACAGGCCUCUGUGGACUUAAUUCCUGGGUGAAUUUCUUCCUUUCUUUUUUUGUGUCGAUUCUGUUCGAACAGUUUUGCUCUGAGUCUGAAAUUCCUCUUGGCAAUGUUUUGUUUUCAGAGUAGGAAAGCAAAAGAAUUAUAUUUCUUACUCUGCAAAUGAGACAUUUUAACUACCGGUAUUUAAUUUUCCAGAAGGCAAAUUUUGAAGUAAAGUUUAGAUUUUAAGGCACGUUUUAAUAUACGUAGCCAAAAGGAAAAAAAACAGUUGUCGUCGAUGAGAUUUUAAUAGGACGAUUAUUUUUGCGCGUAGUUUUUUUUUUUGUGAAUUCGCACCGUUUCGCCAUUGGAAUAAGAUAUCAUUAAGAGUUUUAUUAAUCUUGAUUUUCAUGGUUAAAAACUGACAGUUGUCAUUGAGGUCAAUGAGCAGUGCCAGUUAGAAGUUACCCUGCGAGCAGUGGUUUCAGCGUCCGGCCUGGAGAAACCACUGCUCGCGGGGUAGCUUGACGUUAUGUCAAAAAGACAAGUUUCUUUAGACGGGGGAAUAGAACUCACUGUUAACCUUUUAGUUCGAG